AUGUCACAGGCUGUAAAGAGGGUAGCUACUUCCAGCGUCAACUUCGCCAAGCUUGGCGAAAAGCUCAUCGGUGAGCAAGCUGCUGAGCUUGUCCGUGUUAAGGGACAAAGCGGAACUUUCACUGCUAUCAUCAACCAACAUCCAAGUGACCUCCCCAAGGUUGAUUUUGCUGCUUUGAAGAAGGCUAUGCCAUCUCACGCUGCUGUUCUUGAUUCUCUCCAGAAGCAAUACGAGUCUAUCAAGGUUCCUUAUGGUGAGGUCCCAGCUGAAUACCUCAAGGAGGUUGAUCAAUGGAACCAAUUCCACAACGCCAGAACUCAGCUUCAUGAAGUGAAAGUUCAAGACGGACUUGAGCAAGCCAAGAAGGUCGAACAGAAGUGGGCUCAGGCUCCACCAGUCGAGCAUUUCGAUCGUCAACACUUCGUUGAGUACUUCCCUCAACACUUCUAUGAUCUUCGUUACCAAAACAGAAUCCCUGAUCCAUGUGAAAUUGGACUCAAUGAAACACCAGAGAUUGAGGCUAGAUUCAAGGACUACAAGGUUCUUCGACGUGCUGACAAGGUUGACGAUCACUAG